AUUUUUUUUUGUUCAGCCAGAACCGAUAUAUCCAGUUGGUAAAUAAGAUACCUUGUGGAAAAUCUGGCAAUACACACCGACAAUAACUGUCUCUUUAAAUUGUGCUCUCGGACGUCUAGCGGCAGCAUGUGUUAUGAGAGCCACACAGUGUUAGUGGUAAUGUUCGCAAAUUUGGUUCAUGUCGACUCUCAGAUCUUGCCGGUUAUUCCGUGAUGCUACAAUCACAAACGGAACUUCCUGAUGUGUCGCGCGACUUUCUGCGUGCCUGUCACAGUGGAAAUAUGACCAAAGUAGCAGCUAUAGUCAAGAAACAUGGAAUUCGCGAUUGGAGCGAUCUUCGUCAUGUGGCGACUGGCGAUACUGCGUUGCACUUGGCUGCACGAGAAGGAAAUAUAAGUCUCGUAAAAUAUCUGAACGAACUUUUCGACACAAUGCCGUCAUUUAAACUUAACGUUGCCAACAAAGAUAUGAAGAGGCCAUUACACGAAGCUGCACAAUUUGCACACAAACACGUUGUGCAAUAUUUACUGGAAAAUGGUGCGUAUGUGGAUGCUUUAAAGCGUGGCGAUUGGACGCCUCUGAUGCUUGCAUGUACCAAAAGCGGUCCUGAAGCGUGUCAAUGCAUCUAUGCCCUUUUAACCGCUAAUGCUAAUACACAUUUACGCAAUAAAGACGGUUGGACGCCAUUGCUUAUCGCCUGCCGAGCUGGUGAUGAAAAUGCGGUCGAUAUAUUGUUGAAGCAUUCUCCAGAAUCCAUUGACGAUCGAAGCAACAAUGGUCGUAGUGCAUUGCACAUUGCUGCAUUUAACGGUCAUGCGAGUGUGAUUAGCUUGCUCGUCGAAUCAAAUGCAAAUCUUUUAAAUGCACGAGACUCUUCAGGCUCCUUGCCACUUCACGAAGCGAUAAAGUACAAAAACUUGGAUGCGGUAAAGUGCAUCAUACAUCUGGGCGCUGAUAUCAACGUUGUAGACAACAUCGGUCAAACUAUUUUGCACGUUGCUGCACAGACCAACAAUAUAGAGACUAUUGAUUUUAUUUUGAAACACAAUCUGAUUGACGUGAAUUGCGAGGCUUCUUUUGGAAUCACACCGCUAAUGAUAGCUCAAAGAAGUAGUUAUAUCGACAUUAUUGAAGUUCUCAUUAGAAAUGGCGCUAAAUACUAAAAUAUUUAUAUUUAAUAUAUGUAAUAUAUGUAUAAUUAAUACUUCUUAUUACAUCUUUUUACAAUUUUUUUUAUAACUUUUUUGUAAUCAAAAAAUCGCACAAGGAGUCAUAAAAGCUUAAAUGAGAUUCAAGACAACACUCUUUGUCACUUGGAUUUAUGUCUUUGUUCAUCUCUUAUAAUUAAAUCUAUUCUUUUCUGAUACUAUUUUAUUUAAUGUACUUUUACAUGAUAUUAAAUAAAAUAAUCUAAUUUUCGAUUAUUCUUGCUGUAAUUGCGAUUGAGGAUAAAAGAAAGACUGAGGCGAGUGGCAUUUUAUUCAGAGAUUGGUACACAUUUAUUUAUCCUUUGUUUUUCCUUGUAUCAGACAGUUUUAAAGAAGCAUACAAAAAUCAGAAAACGGAGGCUUUUAUUAGUUCGGAGAUACCUAGGCUUCACAUUCUUCUUCGUCCUCUACCUUUAUCCUUCCUCCUCUGUUUCGUUAAACUUUCUUUUCUUUUUAGCGUGCGCAGGCUGGCGACGUAGUACAGAAAACUCAUGCGUGUACUGUUAAGAAGUGUGCGCGUGCUUAACCCUAGAACGCUAACGUAAUUAUCAAUUAUUAUUAACAUCUUGCGACACAUGAUUUUGAACACUUUAAAAACAGCAUAAAAGAAAUAAAAGAACACAAUUUAAAGAAACAUGAAAAAAA